UUAGACAAUUAUUGAAUUUAAAAUGGCAACUAAUGAUGUCCUGUGGGCUGAAAAGUACAGACCUCAGAAUUUUGACAGCCUCUUGUUUAACACAAGCCAAACCAGAAGGCUCAAGAAGUUAGUAGAGUCUGAUGACUUCCCCCACCUAUUGUUCUAUGGCAGGAGCGGUGCAGGUAAGAGGACUCUCAUUAAAUCUGUCCUUAAUGAACUUUUUGGCGCAGGAGUUGAGAUUAUGAAGUCAGAAAUCAAAGAGUUCAAGCCAACCAGCUCUUCUCUAGUAGUAGACUGUGUCGUUAACUCCAGUCAGUAUCAUCAAGAAGUCACUCCUUCAGAAGUUGAUAGAUACGACAGAGUUGUAGUCAACUCUAUCAUCAAAGAAAUUGCGGGAAGCGCCAAACUCAAUGUUGACGCUGAAAAUGAGGAUGAAGAAAAAACCAAAAAUUUCAAAGUUUUAGUGAUCCAUGACCUGGAUAAACUCUCUAGAGAAGCACAAUCUGGAUUAAGAAGAACAAUGGAGAAGUACAUGCAUAACUGCAGAAUUAUUUCAGACUGUGAAAGCUUGUCAAGAGUCUUGCCUCCUUUAAAAUCUAGGUGUGUUCAGAUCAGAGUUGGGGCUCCCAAAGUAGAAGAGAUUGCAAGUACAUUACAAACAAUUGCUGGGUAUGAAAGCUUUGAACUUAGUGAUGCACUUGCUGAAAGAAUUGCUAAGAGUUGCGGAAGAAAUGCAAGAAGGGCUAUUACAAUUCUGCAAACCUUAAGAGCAUCAAAGAGCUUCUCAUCUUCGACUAAAAUACCAAGACUUGGAUUUGAAGAGAUAAUUGACGGUAUCUGAGAUAUGACUAUUAAAGAUCAAAGUCCAAAGCAAUUGAGACUAAUCAGAAAUAAGUUUAAUGAUCUGCUAUGCACAGGAAUUGACGCUGAGAUUAUCUUCACUCUCUUGGCUAAAAGAUUGAUGGAAGUUGUUCAUAACUCCUUGAAACUCCAAAUCCUAUACCACGCUGUAAACUCUGAUUACAGAUGUAGUCAAGGGACUAAAGCAAUUGUUCACCUAGAAGCGUUCACAGCAGCUGUAAUGGUCUCAUACAGACAAAGUAUGUCAUAA